GUUGACGUUCUGGCAUGCUGCAGCGUCUCAGAGGCCACAUGGAGUUUCCCAUGGAGAUCUUCGAGCCGAUGUGAGGGUGAGCAAGGGCCCGGGCCCCGUUUCGCCCGAAGCGGAGGCUCUGAAAGCUCGGUCGGACCAAGAGAUCACAACCCGAAGGUGGGCACACUGGAGCCCCUCGCGAUCAGAGGCACUUCGGGAUGUCUUGACCCGGCUGUAUUCUGCACGGAAGUUUGGACCGCAUUGGGCGGAUUCUGUGCAGGCAGUCCAUCAUCGCUCUAGCCAUGAAGGUCUUGCGAUGAUGUUUUGGGGACUGGCAUCUGCCGAGUGGUGCUUUGCCAGCCUGGUUCUUGGCUUCCUUCUGGUGAUGGAGCCUUACAAACUGAAUCUUGUCAUGCUUGCCGACAUGUGA